AUACAAACUACACCAUCACCUUCUCUACUCCUUUCAGCAAAAUACCUUAAAGCUCUCAUUCCUUUAAAACUCCAAAAAAUGGCCCCGGUAGUGUCCACACUUCUCUCGGACUCGUCGGAUGUCAAAAACUUCGUAAUGAAAGAAGGUUAUGGCGUGAAGGGUCUUGCAGAGAUGGGACUCAGUGCCCUACCCAAGCAAUAUAUUCAACCUCUUGAAGAAAGGGCUGGUACCAUCAAAAUAGCAUCUGGAGAGUCCAUACCAGUCAUUGACAUGUCAAAUUGGGAUGAUCCGAAGGUGGCUGAAUCGAUAUGUGAUGCAGCGGAGAAGUGGGGGUUCUUUCAAAUUGUCAAUCAUGGUGUUCCACUUGAGGUACUGGAGGAUGUGAAGAAGGCGACUCAUGAGUUCUUUGGAUUGCCUGCAGAGGAGAAGAUUAAGUACUCAAAAGGGCAGUCCCUUACCAACAACGUCCGGUUUGGCACGAGCUUCAGUCCUGUGGCAGAGAAGGCUUUGGAGUGGAAAGAUUACCUUAGCCUCUUCUAUGUUUCAGAAGAUGAUGCUAGUGCAUUCUGGCCUCCUGGAUGCAAGGACCAAGCACUGGAAUUCAUGAAGAGAUCUGAGUUUGUGAUUAGAAGGCUGUUGGAGGCACUGAUGAAUAGACUCAAUGUAAAGGAGAUUGACCAAACAAAAGAGUUCCUUUUGAUGGGUUCAAAGAGAAUCAACCUAAACUACUAUCCCAAAUGUCCCAACCCUGAGCUAACAGUGGGAAUAGGGCGUCACUCAGAUGUCUCAACACUGACCGUCCUCCUUCAAGACAAUAUUGGUGGGCUCUAUGUGCGGAAAAUGGAUGGUGACGUAAGUUGGAUCCAUGUACCACCGGUCAAUGGAUCGCUUGUCAUCAACAUCGGUGAUGCACUACAGAUAAUGAGCAAUGGUCGAUACAAGAGCAUUGAGCACCGCGUGAUUGCUAAUGGAAGCAACACCAGGAUUUCAAUCCCAAUCUUUGUGAACCCAAGACCUGGUGAUGUUAUUGGCCCUUUGCCGGAGGUGCUCGAGAGCGGGGAGAAACCAAUAUAUAAGGAAGUUCUCUGCUCGGAUUAUGUUAAGCAUUUCUUCAAGAAACCUCAUGAUGGGAAGGACACAGUAGAAUAUGCAAAGAUAUGAGAAUUCUCUCUCUCUCUCUCUCUUUAAGUGUUAAAAUAAUAAUGAGAGACAUAUAUAGAUUGUGCCUGUUGUUGUUGUAUUAUAUUUAGAUUGUUCAUGUUAUUUUCCCAUCAAUAAAGGUUGUACUAUGCUUUUUGCUUUUUCUGUAAUAAUCUUAAUUAUGGGAAGGGGCACAAUACAGUAAUAGAAAAAUCAACAGCUGAUUCCCAA